UUUCAAACGGUGCCAUGCCGAUGGACAUCAUCGAGUUUGGAUCCUGUGGUGCGUGUUUUGUACUGUACAGCACUCGGUCGCCGCCACGUGAGCUAUCUGUCUCGAUGAUUGAUGAUGUGGCGGUGACUGAGCGCUGUAGAACUUUCUUCGAUGCAAGCACGGACCGCAGUAGAUCCCGUUAAAGUCAACGCCAUGGUGUCAAUGCCUUUGCCCCCCUUUCCUAUUAGAUUCCUGCGUCGAUGCCCGACCCUGAUGAUCGGUAGCCUGUGAGAGAAAUCAGAUCUAGCUGUCUCUUCCUUUGCUCCCAAUCCCAACUAGUCUAGGAAGAAGAUGGCGAUGAUAUUGGAUGCCUUCGUCUCAAAAUUUGCUGAAAUACUGGUCGAGCUGGCGAAGGAGGAGGUUGACAUGCUCUUGGGUGUGCCUGGCGAGAUCAAAAAGCUCGAGAACAAGCUCCGAAAGAUCAGCAAAGUCCUUGCCCAUGCCGAUAGGAAGAGGAUCAAUGAUGAGGCCGUGGAUGACUGGCUCAAGGAGCUCAAAGAUUUCAUGUACGAUGCUGAUGACAUCCUCGACCUCUGCCGCAUUGAGGCGGACAAAUAUAGCGAAGGAUCUUUGUCCACUUUUUCGCAUCUCUUCCACUCUAGGAUUCAAAAGCCUCAUGAGAUUGGCAUGAAAAUUAGAGAACUCAAUCAGAAGCUUGAGGAGAUUUUGAGGUGGAGGUCUGAAUUCAAUCUCGAGUUCACUUCCUAUGACAAGCAACAAGUGACAUCUCAAAUUAGUCGCAUGACAUCUCCUAUAGGUGAGAUUGAUAUUGUAGGAUCUGAAAUUGAAGAGCACACUCAGAGCUUGGUCGAUUCGCUAAUUAAGGAUGACAGACGGAGAAACAUUCUUGUUUUCGCAGUUGUGGGUGCGGGGGGAAUUGGAAAGACCACACUUGCCCAAAGGAUAUAUAAUGACCAAAGGAUUCAGGAGGGGUUCUCAGUGAGGAAGUGGGUGUGUGUAUCGCAAGAGUUUGAUGAGAUAAAUUUGCUGAAAGAUAUCUACAACGGAGACAAGAAUGAUCUUGCCCAGGAUCAGAAUAGGUCCUCGCUUGAGCCCAAAGUCGAGAGCAGUCUUCGGGGUAAGAAGUUGUUUCUUGUUCUUGAUGACGUUUGGACUGCAAAGGUUUGGUGUGAUUUGUUGCACAACAUGCUAAAUAGUUGUGUUGCCGGCAGUAGGAUCCUUGUUACUACAAGAAAUGAAGAGAUCGCGAUGCAGAUGUUGGCAGUGGACAUCCAUCACGUCGACAAAUUGUCUUUAGAGGAUAGUUGGUCAUUGCUUUGCAAGAAGGUGGUCCUGACAGGAGAUGAGGUCGAGAUCCAGCAUUUCAAGAACAUAGGGAUGGAGAUUGUUAAGAAAUGUGAUGGCCUUCCUCUAGCCAUUAAAGCGAUUGCAGGGGUGCUAUGCACGAAGAAGAAGACCUGGACAGCUUGGAAUAGAGUUCUUGAAGGCACUGCAUGGGCCACAUCUGGGCUUCCUGAGGAGGUUAAGGGAGCAUUAUAUUUGAGUUAUGAAGACCUACCAAGCUAUCUGAAGCAAUGUUUUGUAUACUGUUCAUUAUUUCCUGAAGACGAUAUAAUCCAUAUGGGUACUAUUACUGCACUUUGGAUUGCUGAGGGAUUUGUGAAAGCUGAGGGGAGUUCGACUAUGGAGGAGACAGCAGAAGAGUACUACAGAGAGUUGAUCACGCGGAAUCUUCUACGGCCAUCUAACAAUUAUCGGGAUGUUUUCCAGAUGCAUGACCUCCUGCGCUGUCUUGCUCGAUGUCUGGCGCGAGGUGAGAGCUCGGUUGUCAAGAAGGUGCACGAAGUAGGGAGCAGUAACGGACAGAUGAAGUUGCGUCGUGUAUAUGUGGGAGACCGUGAAACAACAAAAAUCUUUGAUGUCUUGGUAAAACAGGACUCGCUGAGGACUUUAAUAUGGAGAGGGACCCGCUUGUCUGAGACUCAGAUGGAUGUUGUUUUUAAUAAAAUUUCUCGUUUAAGAGUGCUGGAUAUCAAAAUUCAAAGGUUGCCAGAUUCUUUGGGUAACCUCAUAUACCUGAGAUACCUAAAUAUCUCACGCACCGACAUAAGCAUGAUACCGGAAAGCAUAGGGAAUCUCAGAAAUCUCCGCUACUUGAUUGUCGAGUCCUGUCUGUCCCUUUCUCGCUUUCCCAAUAGUAUCGUGAAUUUGCACAAUCUUACGAUGCUGGAUCUUGAUUAUACGCGGGUGGUUGGGAUGCCGGCAGGGCUAGGAAGGCUGCAAAAUCUUCAACUACUACGUGGAUUUAUGCUGCAGAGCAACCGGACAGAGGGAUGCUGCACGAUGGAAGAAUUGAGAUCUCUCUCGUGUCUCACGGAUCUCUCAAUCAAUAAGUUGGAGCGGAUAUCCAGCAUCUCUGAGGUAAAAGCAGCCGAAAUUAAAAACAAAUCCAAGCUUAGGUCACUCGGGCUGAGUUGCGCGCUUCACCGUGAACCAACUGAGGAGGAGAUGAGGAGAAUCGAGGAGGUGUUUGAAGAGCUCCACCCUCCACCCUGCCUAGAAGAACUGAGGAUCAGGGGUUACUUCGGUCGUGAGUUCCCAAGAUGGAUGGCAGAGACAUCUUCAUCAACAUCAAUUCUUUUUCCAAAUUUGAGGCAGUUGGAGCUACAUUAUUGCUAUUACUAUGAGCGGCUUCCACCUUGCGGGUUGCUCCCUCAUCUAGAACAUCUUGACAUCAGAGGUGCUGCAUCAGUCAUAGACGUUGGACUUGAAUUUUUAGUCGGCAGCAGAGCAGGAGUAGAUUCUUCCAAGUAUGCAUUCCCCAAGUUGGAGAGACUAGAGUUCUUACAUAUGUGGCAUUGGCAGGAAUGGCAUUGGGAUAAAGGGACACGAGCAAUGCCAUGUCUAAAGCACCUGCACCUUUGUCAGUGCCCGAAGUUGAAGUCUCUUCCCGAGGGUCUCGUGCUCCACGCAACCUCCUUGACAAAAUUGGACAUCAGUGCUGCAGGCAGCCUAACGACAAUUGAGAACCUUCUUUCACUCAAAGAAUUGUAUAUAGGGCAUAGUCGCAACCUGGAGAAAGUUUCAGAUCUCCCUGCACUCACAACCCUUGAGGUUGAGUACUGCCCGAAAUUGCGAGUGGUGGAGAAUCUUCAAUCCUUGAAAAGGAUGACACUGGUCGAUGAGGAGAUGAAAUCACUCCCGUCAUACUUACUGAAAGGAGCGCAAGGAGGUGCAAAGAAAAGAAAAAGAGUACAUAGACCUACCAAGACAAGGAAAGGAGUACAUACAGCUCAUCUGGAGGAGCUGGUGAUCCGGUGCAACAUGGGACUAAUGAGAAAAAUUUGCCAAAAGGCUAGCCCGGAGUGGCCAACAAUCCAAGACAUCCAGCGGGUGCAUGUAUGCUAUUCCGAUAAAUACUCUUCCUUAUCUGAGAAUGGAUCGAUGCAUAAUAAACCGGUGCAUGUCAUCUAUAACAAGUCCCCCUUCAGCUUCACUACAAAUUUCAACGACACCACUAGCAGUAGUGGCCUCGCUCUGUGAUCCAUGCUGCCUCCAUACUCCUUUUCAACUAUGGCUACAGUUCUUUCCAGGUAUACAUACAGGCUUGGGCAUAUAUUAUGUAAUGGGUUGUACAUUUGGACUCAGUCGUACAGUUUCAAAGUAUCUCUUUACCUUGGACAGGACUUGUUGCAGUGUGUUGUUAUCUUUAGCGAUAUAGGAAAGGCAAGAAAUUUUCUUCUAGCUUCACUCCAUGAUUGUACCGAACAUAUCUUCAUGCCUAUUCUGUAUCCUAUUAUUUUUUUUUUUAUGUUUUGAUAAUUGAUACAGAUCGUGUUCCUCAGUAUGUUAAAUCUUUGUUAAUGCUGUUUCUUUUU